GCAACCGUGCCUGCUUCAAUUGCGGCGAGACUGGGUAAGCAAUCGAGCCUUCUUGACACCUCCAACCACCCCGACUGACAUGGGAGCUCUAGCCACAACAAGGCUGACUGUCCUAACCCUCGCGUUCCAAACGGUCGGUGCCGUCGCUGCGGCGAGGAAGGCCACUGGAGCCGGGAGUGCCCCAAUGCUCCGCCGAUGCAGUGCAAGGAAUGCCAGUCGACUGAGCAUCUCGUCAAGGACUGCCCGAACCGUGUCUGCAAGAACUGCAACGAGACUGGUAUGGUCCCAAUUGUCAAAUGUCAAGGGUGACUAGGAGGUGCUGACUCGACGCCACCAUGUCCAGGUCACACCAUCAGCCAGUGCAAGGGCGCCCGCAAGAUCGACCGCAGCGAUCUUCCAGAAAUGACUACCGAGGAGACCUGGACUGAGAUCAAGCGUGCUGUGAAGGAGCGUGACAUCGACGACAUCAAGAAGGCGAUUCAGAUCUAUGUCAAGUCCUCUCCCGACACCACGUACGCGGAGCUUGAGCGCGCUUUCCGCGCUCAGGACGUCCCAGUCUGGCUGAUCGCCAUCGAAAAGACCCUGGCGUCCACUUUUGUCAACAUGGACUUGCAGGGCAAUCUCGGCAAGAAAUACACGGUCACAUACCGCUUUCAGUGGAAUCCCCCUCGCCCGCGCGACCGUGAGCUCUGGCCCAAGGAUGUCGACGAGAACUUGGAGCGCCUCGCCGAUGCCGGUGAAGUUGUCUAUGGGGGUCUGCCCAAGUGCACCAAUUGCGGUGAGGUUGGCCACAUCGCCAAGCGCUGCCUCCAGGACAAGGUCGAGCAGCCCAAUCGCUUUGAGAUUACUUGCUUCAACUGUGGCGAGUCGGGCCAUCGCCUUCGUGACUGUAAGUGACUCGGGGUACCGCAGAAGACCGGGUGGGAUGUCAGCUGACGAGAUCAAAAGGCCCCGUUCCUCGUGUUGACAAGUUUGCUUGCAAGAACUGCGGGUUCGAGACACCUCGUCCUUUGAGAAGCUUGGGUGUGGCACGCUGACAGUUUUCAAAAGUCAAUCGGGCCAUAAGG